AACAUGUCUAUGCAGAGAUUCCCCCCUCCAUGCACUAACAUUGAGCUUGCUGCCUUCUGUUUCAGCCCUGGCUAUGUGUGCGUGCACACCCCCGACAAACAUGGCCUCACAUCCCAGGACAAAACCUGCCGCCCACAACAGCCACAACAGGAUGUCAGUGGAUUGUUAGGCUGUUGAAAUGGUAUAAAUACUGCAGAUUCAUGCACCUUUUCAUCAGCACUUCACUUGAACUAUCAAGAGAACAAACUCCUCCUGAAAAACCAACAGAAACAUUACAAGACUAAAACAAUGAACUCAACAGCCAUCCUGUGCCUUGCUGUCUUGUUCUGUGCAGCUAUUGAAGGUUCACCAAUGCCUGGCAGGGGCCGUUGCCUUUGUCUUGGAGAUGGUGUCAACUUUAUUCAGCCAAGACUCAUUGAGAAGUUAGAUGUGAUUCCUGCAUCAACGACGUGUGGCAACUUGGAGAUUAUUGUUACACUGAAGAACAGUGGAGAGCUGAGAUGCCUGAAUCCCAAAUCCAAGUUUUCACAGAAUUUCAUUAAGAACGCAAAGAAAAUGCCCCAGCAGUAGACUUUAACAUCAACAAGAGAAGAACAACCUCAAAGAUUUUCAAAAGCCACCUUUUUUGAAGACCCCAGAACAAAGACCAAACGCCCUCCAAGAUUCUUAGAAACUGCUUGUUACGCUUUCUCCUCCUCUCUGAAUAAAGUGUAAAGUUCCUAAUGUAAAUAUCUGGAUAGACCCUAUAAAUGAGAAAUAUUUAUAAAAAAACAAUUUGAAAUUGUUUUUCUGUGUUUAAAAUAACAAAACCUAAACCAAUGUAGAUAUGUACAAAUAUGGUGUUAUUUAAAAAAAAAAAAAAAAGUCUUAACUGUUAUUCGUGUACAUAGUUUUGAGAGAGAAAUCUUUUAAAGGACUGAAAAUGAAUAAUUUCACAAGUAUGAAUCCCAAAUGUUGAGCAUGUUGUAAAUCUGGGUGUGAAUAUAUGUACUGUAUCUUGAUCUAUGACUAAACAUUUAUUGUAUAAAUUGUAAAAUGUUCUGUACAUUUUCUU